CACUAUGAUCCGGACUGUACUGAAAAUACAACAAUAAAAUACCUCGAUGGCAACAAAAAAGAUGGCUAUGAAUUCAAUUCCUUCUAUCUUGUGUGUCUGUGGUUUAUAGAGGUUUACAGUGUUUUGAAUAUUAUCAAAGAGAUAUUACAGUUGAUAACACAAGUAAGGAUUUAUUUGUUUGUUUUUAUUAAACAAAUUAAAUCAAUUACAUAAUUAAACCAUCUGAUGGGGUUUAAUUAAAAUUUUAUUUUAAAAAUGAAAGCAUUAUAAAUAAUGCUAGAUAAAACAAUUGUUACAUAACAUAUUUUUUUUGCUAAUGUUUGUUGAGAAUACAUAUUUCCAUUGUUUCAGAGACAAUUCUACUUUGCUGACAUUGGUAAUGCAUUAGAAUGGUCACUGUAUUCCUCAACACUGAUAUUUGUAACACCUUUCUUCUCCGGUAAAUCUUUUCACUGGCAGUGGGAGGCUGGUGCUGUUUGUGUGUUUCUUGCCUGGUUUAACUGCCUAGUUUUUCUUCAGAGGUAACACCACGCUUUUAUAUAACUAUCAGCACUUAAUAUAAAUUGCAAUAGUGUUUGUAUGAUAAAUGAUGUGAUGGUGUAUGGGACAUUUAGCAUAAAAGCAGUGCUUUAGAGCAGCCCUGAAAGCCCUACUGUAUGUCUUGGCUAAUUCAAAGGCCUAAAUUUGUGAUGUUGAAAAAUUUAAAGGAAAUUAUUUUAAAUUGUAUGGAAUAACUAAAUAUUUGACUAUUGUGGCAAUAUCUUCAAUUUAAUUAUAUUAUUUUUAGCCCACUAACUGUAAAAACAAACGAUAGUAUAAAUUUUUUGUUUCACCUUCAAGUACAUUAGUAUUAAAAGAACAAGAUAAGGAUCUCAUGUUUAUAUUUUGAAACAUCCACUAAUAAAAAAAAAAAGGAGGGGGGUGGAGUUUUAAUGGAGAGGGUGACACAUUUUAGUCACCCCAUUUUGAUUUAAGUGCAAUGAAAAGAGACAAUAAACAAUAGGGACAGAUAAUUUUUAUCCUUAAUUUUUUUCUGUCAUGGAACUGAAAAUAAACUGUACACAAAAAUUAUUCUAAUGUUGUUGUUUUUUCUGCUUGUUUUUCAAUAAAUUGAUCAAUUACUAACUUUUUAGGUUUGACUUCUUUGGCAUUUAUGUUGUCAUGUUCUUGGAGAUUUUGAGAACCCUUGUUCAAGUACUUUGUGUCUUUUCUAUACUGAUCAUUGCCUUCGGC